AUACAGUCCGACGAACAAUUGCAUUGUGACACCGUUGCGCUUUCCAAUACUCAAACUCCCAGUUGAACCAGCCAUUUAUAGAACUAUGUGCCAAACAAUGCGUUGCAUCCUGGUUGCCUGUGUGGCCCUUGCCCUCCUAGCCGCCGGCUGCCGAGUGGAGGCGUCCAACUCCAGACCUCCGCGAAAGAACGAUGUCAACACUAUGGCUGAUGCCUACAAGUUCCUGCAGGAUCUGGACACCUACUACGGCGACAGAGCCCGCGUUCGGUUCGGAAAGCGCGGAUCGCUGAUGGAUAUCCUGAGGAAUCACGAGAUGGACAACAUAAAUCUAGGAAAAAAUGCCAACAAUGGAGGAGAAUUUGCUCGCGGUUUUAAUGAGGAGGAGAUAUUCUAAAUCCAUUUUAGACGACCAUGGCAACGUCACUAACUCAUGAUGAUAGUUAUUAGCAUACGCAUUUUUAUUUAAAUUGUUUUUCGGGGCAAUAGUUUAACGUGCUGGGAAAGAACAAGUAGUUGCAGCUACAGAAAUAAGUAUUUACUCUAGUCUUGAUGUCGGUUGAAUAAAUGAAUUACCCCAAU